AUGCGACGGCAAUUCGCGUCGAGAAUGUAUUAUGCGAAUGACAAUAAAUUCACACUCAAAGGAGGCGACGUGAUAGGUGUAAACGCCUAAAGUGUUAUGAGUGGCGAAGAAGGUUUUUUCUUUUCCUUUUUUUCUUCUCUUCCCAAAGGCGUCGCUUGCGGACACACCCUCGCCGCGUCCCAACAUGGGUCAUGUUGUAAAUCAGCUAGCGCCUACAAACGGUGGAGGCCAACUCGUUCCAUAUUAGAACAAAUUGCGAGAGGACACAAACGGCAGAAGGAGGAACCACCCACCUACGGCCAGCCUCUUCUCCGGUCUCCGCCACGUCGUCUGUUGGCGUCGUCGUCCGGUCAUCUCAUGAACUACGACAAGCGAUAUUCGCCGGGAGCCAACGAUCGCUCCUACUCCAGGCAGCCGGCUCAACCUAAAAGUGGGCCUGAAGCUCGGUCAGCCUAUUAUGGUCGAGAAUAUCCACCUCUGAGGUCGCGCUCCCACACCAAUGUCGAUGCUGACUUCAACGAGCGCCAAAAUGGCGGGUUCUACGACAACCGCGCAUUGGACAGAUCUUCAAGGUUGGUUAACUUGUGUUGAUACAACUUUGGCUGGAGAAUCGAUUCGAAAAUGACUGUCCUUUCCAUCAGAGAUGAAUUUUUUAGUCGGUGAGCGAUCAUUGAGAAACAAGUUCAGCUGUGUCUCAUGGUCACUCGCCAACUAAACAGUUUUUCAACAUUUAUAUAGCUUCAUUAGGUUUCUACUGAAUCAUCGACUAUUAUGCAUGGGAAAAGAAAUUUAAAAGUGACUGUUGAAAUAAAAAACCCAUUUUCAGUAGAAUUUUUGUGAUCCAAGCUAACCAAACUGUGUCAUAGUUCAUUCAGCAUCGGCUUAAAAUAAUAUUUCAUUGCAGUCUUCACUAACGGAGCGCGUCGAUUUGAGUAAACAAUUCUAGGAUUUUUUGAAGUUUUGGAUGGUUUUUGUUUGAACAACAGCUUCCGAUACAUUUGAUGAAAUUAUGAGUUAUUUAAAAUUUAAUAACCCUCACUACUCUUUUUUUUUCUUUAAAUUUUGGAACUUUUUGAAACUUUUUUCGAAAGUUUGUCGGCUGUUUAUUGACCUACCCUUCAAAUUUCUUGUUUUUGGAAAUUGAACUUCUCAGAAAAGAGGAAUGGAAUGUUUUGAUCGCAUAGUCUAGCAGAGCCAUUCACUCUCAUUUUCACUUUGUUGUAAUUCGCAAAGAAAAAUGGAGUAAGAGUGAGUGAUGGUCAAAAAAAUGGAAAAAUAAUUGUAAACGAAAGAUAGUCAUAAAACAGACUUCUUUCAGAAGCAAAUCAUUGGACAAUCGCGAUGCUCUCCGAGAAGAAGUCAAUGAGGACAGAUACGGAGGGGGCGGUGCCGGCGUGAUCAUUCCAAUCAAGAGGGAGCCCGGAAGAUCCAGAACAUUCGACUACCGCGAGUCGCCAAUUUCUCGGCCGAGAGAAUUUGAGCAUCACCAAUCGUUUGAUCGGGACUUUGACUACCGCGAUAGACACAACAGAGAUUUUAACCGCGACUUCACUCGUCGUAGUGGCUAUGAAGACAACAGAAUCUCCAAGAACAGAGAUCCCUACUUUCCACAAGGAGGCGAAAGUCCAAAAUCGUACUCUUCAAAGCAGCUGGAGCAAGUCCGUCGUAACGUUGACUAUGGAUUGGAUCGCGGCUAUGCAGACGAUUUCGGAAGGGACGACUUCCGAGAAGCUGGAGGUCGAGGGACCAUUGCCACAAUCGGAGGAGGAGGAGGAGGAGGCGGAGGAGGUGGCGCCAACUAUCGCAGCGGCAGCCAUCACAGGUCCUGGCACGAAUCUUACGGUGGAGCACACGAUUCUUCUUUUGGUCCAAGCUCAGGCCGAGCUAUCACUCAUCAACCAGGACCUUAUCAGACCUCCACAGGCCGUCCAAUCAGACCUAUCCAACACCACCGAGUCCAAUGCUGCUGCUUCAACUUUGUGUGGCCUCCAUGGAGCGUUGAGUCAUCAGCUCCUCCGCAGCAAAUUUAUAGGAACAUUUGA